AUGCUGUUCUUAACAUUUGGGAACUUUGUAAUGUUCAGCAUUCAGUUCAUAAGUGAGGUUCUACGGUACCGAUGUUACUGGCGUGUUAUGCAGCGUCUGCUGCCUACUGGAAGUAUCCGUGUUAAGAGCACUAAACAAGCAAGUAAUAAAGUGCACAAGUCACUCUUGAAUCCAUCAGAGUCUGAACAUGUGGAGUAUGAGGAUGACUACAUUCAGAUCUCUAGCUUGAGACCAAUGCAAGAGGUGGAUCUGAGUUCGUGGACCGCCUAUACCUCGUAUUUACAAGUUCACAGCUGUGUACCAGACACUAGCCAGAAUAUUUAUGUACUGAUGGAAGCAAGGAGGCCCCCUGACCUCUCUAAGUUUGUUGACAACAAUCUUAGAAUACCUCCGACACAAAGAGUUCACGUCUUGUCCCUCGGAUGCCCGGUGGCCUGGAAAACAGCGGAGCCGUUUGGUAUUAUCCUGCACUGCACUUUUGCAGGUUUAGUGGCUAUUUCCGAUGCUUUUGGCCAAAACAAGAUAACACUGGAUGAGGACCUAGAGCUUAUUGGACUUGCAACUGUAAAAACCCAAGGCACUCCACAGAUCUUGGUCCCUCCGUUUGGAGUCAUAAGUGAUGAUGACCUAAUUUCAAACACAAUCCAGAAUGAACCUGUUAAUGAGCAAUUGAAACUUAAUGGAGAGAGCUGUUAUACACAGUCAGUAAGCAGUAAACAGAAGAGUCAGCUAGAGUCAUCACACAUUACUACAGAAAGUAAUUUAGCAGCAGUCAGCAAUCACAUCUCUGACAGUCAGUCUGAGGUUUCUUCCAGCAACAAUUGUCAGUUAGAUCAUACAGAAAAAUUUCUUGUUGAACAGACGACCAAAGUCAAUGCCACAGCAAUCAAACAGCAAGCAAAUCAGAGUCUGGUAUCUAAUGACACCCAGCUGAAAACUGAAUCUUUUUCUGGGGAGAGCAAUGGGCAAGAUGGUUUAUCAGGCUCUCGUAUGAAGCCUCCAAAUAUUCUUGUUUACUGUGGUAUCAAAGAUUCAGAUCGAAAGUUUGCAGAAGUAAAGUCCAGUCUGGAGGCUUGUAUCAACACUGAAGCUCACACUAUAUACCACCUGAAACAUGAUGCAGUAUUGUCGGCGCCGUGGAGACAUAAUGCAGCUCUCCUGUUGGUUUCGUCCUGUGCCCAUCUAAGACCAGAAGUAGAAGAUGAAAUUAGAAACUUUGUCUUGAAGGAUCAUGGAAAACUUCUCAGCUUCAACAGUUCUGUGGAGUCUGUAUUUGUUGAGAAAGUAGAGGAAGAAGGGAUUGAUGGAGAAAGGCUGAUUAAGUUUGAUUAUAGAGAUGGACAGUAUAUCACUUCUGUUCGAGGCCGAUUUUCUUACAGUGAUCUGAAAGGAAAUGCACAAGUAAUAGUCCCACAUAAUUUCUGUGCAGCACAAAAUAAUCUUACAGAGCAGGAGAGUAAACAGGUAGAAGACACUCGAGUAGCAAGCAGCCCAGUUCCCAAUGGAGCAUUGGUAGUGAAGGUGUACUGUGAAGGUGGUGGUAUUACAGUGCUUUCUCAGUUGUUGUUGGAAAGGGACCCUACAGAAUAUGCCAAAGACCAGGAGUCAUUCACAGCACUGAAGAACUCGAAUGCUGACAGGCUUGCCAUCCUUCGUGACAUUUUAGCUUCCUUGGGGAUUGAUACCAGCUCUGGCACCAUUCCUGCACUUACUCCAUGUUUCCUUCUUGCCCAGCGUGUGGGUCUUAAAGAAUCCUUCUUGGAAUCAUUCAAGCACCGAUUAAAAGACAACAUUUUAAGAUCUCAGAAGCUGAAUCUGAAGUUUUUACCGUCAUCACCAACUCAGGCAGAAUCUACGCCAACACUGUUGCCUGUUGUCACAGACUUUGAAUAUGAUGCUCACACCGAGUACUUCAACCCUCAGACUUACUGGAAGCAUCUGAAUACCCUGACACUCGGCCAGGUGCUGUUUUACACAGACGUCAUCACUUCCACAAUGCCCGUCUUUGACGGGCUUCAGUUCUCUAUUCCGGAGAAUGUUGGACUUAUUGCGGUGGCCGGGAGACAGACAAGUGGAAGAGGUAGGCUAGGUAAUUCCUGGCUAAGCCCCAUUGGAUGUGCAAUGUUCACACUUCCCUUGAGCCUCAGUCUGGAGAGUCAGCUGGGCCAGCGAGUGUCAUUCCUACAACACAUCGUGUCUGUAGCUGUGGUUCAGAGUGUUGUAACCCUCCCUGGAUAUGAGGAUUUGGACAUCAGGCUGAAGUGGCCAAAUGAUAUUUACUAUGGGAAAGAGAUGAAACUUGGAGGUGUUCUUGUCACCUCAACUGUGGUAGAUACCAGAAUUUAUGCAACCAUUGGAUGUGGAUUCAAUGUCAGCAACAGCAACCCUACAAUUUGCAUAAAUGACAUCAUCAGACUGAGAAAUAUUUCCAAUCCUCAUCUUCCUGAACUUCCACCUUUGACCUCAAGUCAUUUAAUUGCUCGAACAGUGACCUGCUUAGAAAAUCUGAUUCAAAACUUUGAGAAAGAUGGCCAUCAAGGUUUUUGUAAUGAGUAUUAUAAACACUGGUUGCAUGGAAACUGCAAGGUGAAUAUACAGUUGGACAAGGCUACAGAAGGGGUCAUUGUGGGACUUGAUGAUUAUGGAUUUUUGUCAGUGCGCACUUCUGAUGGUGUCAUUAGUGUCCAGCCUGAUGGUAACUCAUUUGACAUGCUGCAUAAUUUAAUACAUGUGAAACUCCAGUCCUGA